CCCUGCACCAGGCUGGGGGGCGGCUGUAGCCUCUGCUGGCGGAGAGGGGCUGGGGGCUGGGCACUGCCCUCUGUCUCCCCUCCCCCCCCAGCAGUGGGGCGUCCCCGGAUCCUGCCCGGGCACUGCCUCCCUGCCCGCCAGGGCCUGGCUCUCCCCAGGGCCAGGGAUGGUGCCAAGGGAGGCGCCUGUCUCCUUGCCCCUGCCCCCCAGCAGGACCCCACCCGCCCAGGCUGCCCGGCUUCCUGGAUGGAAGAGCCCCGGGUCGCGGCCCCCCGGGCUGAGAGAGAGGAUGGGCAGAUGCCCCUGGGUUAACUGGCUCCAGGCUGGUGCCCAAGUGCCAUGAGAUGAUAACCCCAGAACUGACGGCCCCGGGGAGCAGUGGGCUUGGAGUCCCCCAGUGCAGCCUGGCUGCCUUCCUGGAGGCCCCGUUCAGGCGUCUCCCAGCCUCUGUAGCGUGGCCUGCCUUCGUGGCGCAUCGGGGAGCAGCACGGCUGCCCUCAACUCCCAGAUGGAGCGUGGGGAGGAGCUGCGGGUUGCAGAUUCCCAGGGCCAUGAGGAAGAGGAGAUGCCACUUGGUACGAGCCCAGAUGACCAGGUGAGAAAGGAGGGGGCUACCCAGGUGGACGGGGCACCCAAAGGAGCCCAGCUGGACAUUUGCCGGCGCUCGGAGCGGGUCGGGAGCCUGCGCCGGUCGGAAAGGAGAAGUGGUGCUGGGCAGCAGCCAGAGACCCCCACCAAGCCCGUCCCCCAGCCCCGAGGAGCUCAGCAGCGCUACGUGUGUGCCGAAUGCGGCCGCGGCUUCACCGUGAGCGCCCGCCUGGUGAAGCAUGAGCGGACCCACACCGGUGAGCGCCCCUUUGCCUGCGCCGAGUGCGGCAAGCGCUUCACCCAGAACGCCAACCUGGUGCAGCACCGCCGCACCCACACCGGUGAGCGCCCCUUCCGCUGCAGCGACUGUGACCGGCGCUUCGGCACCAAAGCCGACCUGGCCCGGCACCGCCAGUCCCACACCGGGGAGCGCCCCUUCCGCUGUGCCGAGUGCGGCCGGGGCUUCAGCCAGAGCUCCAACCUGCUGCGCCACCAGCGUUCCCACACCGGCGAGCGCCCCUUCGCCUGCCAGGACUGUGGGGCCGCCUUCGCCCGCAACGCCCACCUGGCGGCCCACUGCCGCACCCAUACUGGCGAGCGCCCCUUCCGCUGUGGGCAGUGCCGGGAGCGCUUCGCCCAGGCCACCGCACUGAUCCAGCACCGCCGGCUGCACACAGGCGAGCGCCCCUUCGAGUGCUCCGACUGCGGCAAGGGCUUCACUCGGGCCGCCACCCUGCAGCAUCACCAGCGCCUGCACGCCGGCCAGCGCCCCUUCCCCUGCCGGGACUGCGGGGCCACCUUCGCCGCCCACGCCACCCUCCGCCAGCACCGCCGCAGGCACUCCGGGGAGGCUCCCUUCCGCUGCGCUGAGUGCGGACGCUGCUUCGCCGUCAGCUCCGCGCUGCUCCGGCACCAGCACGUCCACACUGGGGAACGGCCCUUCACCUGCCAUGAGUGUGGUGCCGGCUUCAGCCAGAGCUCGGCGCUCGUCCGCCACCAGAGACUCCAUGACUAGUGCCUGGUGCUCCCGGGCCCGGCAGCAGCAAGCCAGGGCGUGACCUCUGGCGGGAGGGGGAGGCUCCAGGCCCUGGUGGAAGAAGGGUGCCACAGGGGGCCCCAUGCGAGUGGGUGGGUGGGUAACUCUGCGGAUGUGAGUUAAUUCAGCUGGAAUAAACGAGCCCACAGGGUCUGCGGUGUUAAUGGGACCCCGUCGCUGCCCAGUGCUAAGCAGUUGCACUCAGUUCGGGGAGACCCUGGCUUGCUGAGCUCAUGGCUGAUGUCCCAGCGAACAUCUCCUUAGUCUUCGAUUAAAGCUACCGAAGAGCGCUAA